AUGUCUGCACCGCAGAGGGACGAUCAUGGCCCCCUCCCUACCGCAGCCAUAUUCGACGACGCUGUCUACUGCGCUGAAGCGCUCCAGCUCCCUGCAGACCAGACCGAGGACAGCGUUGACAGGGAGCUAGCGCUGUUGGCAGAAGAAAGAGACUCAAUCGACAAGCUUUACAUCUGCGCCUUCCCGUACCUCAAAAGACCAAGUUCAGAACAGCGAGCGCAUGCCAGUUAUGAGAUCGCCACCACAGCACGCGCGAGCGUCGCCAAUGGUCGAGCAACCGGACCUACUUCUGGAUACUUCACCUACCGCAAUCACUCCACGGUUUUCCAGCUCAAAUCUUUCAGUCUCAAAGUCGGUGCUCUCCGACUCGUCUUCAUCUUCAAACCCCAACCAACGGAAAAAGCGCGCAGGCCUCCUUGGCUUGUUCAGCAGGAAAGUCCCGACAUGGAAGCAGGAGCCGUAGAACCAAACUAG